AAAGUGUCUUACUCUGUUUUUAUGAUGAUUUGUAUUUACUUCAGUCAUUAAAAGGUAGCAAGUGCUUUACGGCCUAAAUUGAGUGAGUGGUAUGUUAUAAGUGAUUUAUUCUUACCUUUAAAUACUGAAUAGUUUCAACUGCUGACUGGUUUGAUACCUUUGAGAAAGAGCCGUGGACUAUCCACUCCUGUAGGUUCUAGAGCAGCAGUGCUUUCUAGAAUACCACAGGCUUGUAUUACCAAGGUAUUGUUUACCUAGAAUAUACUCGUGUAAAAGUGACAGGACCAUGGCUACAGUAACUGUCCUGCAAGAAAGCGAUUUUAAUGCAAACAUAGUAAAAAAUGAAGCUGGGGGACACCUAACAACUGAGAAUGGACUUGCUGAGCUCCCAUUUCUUGAAGCAGAUGUUAGAAUGGUGUUUGAAAUUCCUGACAAAAAAGAAUCCAAGGCAAGGAGACGAAAAAAGCGACCUCGCAGAAGGCGCACAGCAUCUCGGGAAAAUAAUCCUGAAGAAAAUCCGCCUAUGCCUACAGCAAAGAAAAGGCAGCCCCCACCGAAUUACUUUGUAGCUAUACCAGUAAUAAAUGAUGAGAUUCUGGAUAAAAUUGAAGAUGUCCAGGAACUUAUUGUUACUAAGGAACCUAGACUAUUAAGGGCCCUCAUCCCUGUCGAGCGAUUGCAUAUGACCAUUAUUGUGGCCCAUUUGAGGACACCAGAAGAAGUGGCAAAGGGUGUCUCUGCCUUGCAACAGUGCCAGAGUAAAGUGGAUGAGAUCUUGAAGGGUGAAACCAUCAGCAUGUCCUUCCAUGGAAUCGGACAGUUUAACAAUGAAGUGGUGUAUGUUAAAUUAGCCGGAAAGGAGCACAAAACGCUGGCCAACAUUGCAGAGUCUGUUGAGAUUGCCUUUAAAGAGAGGGGUGUAGAUAUAACUGGCAGCAAAGACUUUCGCCCACACCUGACCUUCCUGAAACUCUCCAAAGCCCCUCUUCUCAAGCGGAAGGGCUUCAGGAAAAUCAGCUCUGAUCUUUAUAAGGAAUAUGAAGACAGUGAUUUUGGAGUGGACACAUUUAGUCGAAUAGACCUUUGUUCAAUGCAUAAGAAGAAACAAGAGUCUGGGUAUUACCACUGUGAAAGUUCAAUUCAUGUCACGUUGCACAGUGUAAAGAAUGAAGAUGGCAUAGAAAAUGCACCAUCAGAAGAAGCUGCAGCUGAAGUCAUAAGCCCUGCAGAGAAUCAACAUCUGCAAUCACCAAGUGAGGCAGAAGCUACAUGUUCUGUCACAAUCCCUGCACAGAAUGAAGGCAAACCAUCUCAAACUGAGGCAGACACUACAUCUGAUGUGACAAUCCCUGCACAGAAUGAAGGCAAACCAUCUCAAAUUGAGGCAGACACUACAUCUGAUGUCACAAUCCCUGCACAGAAUGAAGGCAAACCAUCUCAAACUGAGGCAGCGUCCACAUCUGAUGUCACGAUCCCAGCACAGAAUGAAGACAAACCACCUCAAAGUGAGACAGACUCUGCUUCAGAAAUCACAAUCCCUGCACAGAAUGAAGGCAUAGAAUCCACAGAUGAAGUAAGGUCUACAGCUGAAGUCACGAGCCCUGCAGAGGAUCAACAUCUGCAAUCACCAAGUGAGGCACAGUCUACAUCUGAUGUCACAAUCUCUGCACAGAGUGAAGACAAACAAUCUCAACACAAGUCACAAUCUACAUCUGAAGUCACACAUGCCACCCAGGAUAAAAACCUGCAGCCACCAAGUGAGGCUGGGUCUAUAGCUGAAGUCACAAGUCCAACACAAAAUGAAUUCACAAUCUCUACACAGACUGAAGGCAUUCAAUUCCCAAAUGUGGAACAGUUCAUAUCUAAAGUCAAAAUUCUUACACAAAAUCAAGAACUGCAACCACCAAGUGAGGCAAAGGCUGUAGUGGAAGCUGCAUGCCCUGCAAAGAAGGAAGGCAUUCAGUCCCCAAGUGCAACAGUAUUUGCAUCUGAAGUCAUAAUGACUAUGCAAAAUGAAGGCCUGCAACCUCCAGGCGAGGCAGGAUCUAUAGCUGAAUCCACAACCCUUGAUCAGAAUGCAGACUUGCAGACCACAAUUGAGGCAGAGUCUACAGCUGAAAUCAAAAGCACUUCACAGAAUGAAAACCUACAGGACGGAACUAAGGCAGGGUCUAUAAUUAAUAUCACGUGCUCUUCACAAAAUCAUCGACUGCAGUCCCAAAGUCAGGCAAAGGCAAUGACUGUAGUUGUAAGCAUUCCCCAAAGUGAAGACCUGCAGUCCUCGAAUGAGGUACAGUAUACAACUGAAAUCACAAAAUCUAUACUGAAUGCAGACCUGCAGUCCCAAGGUGAGGCAGGGGCUAAAGUUGAACACUUGUGCUCCAUGCAGACUGCAUCCAUGCAUUCCUCUGUUGAAGCAGGGUCUAUGGGUAAAGUUGCAAGUGGUGUGCAGAAUGAAGUCCUGCAAUCUCCAUGUCAGGAAGCUGUGCUCCUAAGUUCUCCACAGAAUAAAGGCCUGCUUUCUCCAAUUAAAGAGAAAUCUGCAUCUGAAGUUACAAGUCCUACUCAGGAUCAGGAUGUGGAAUUCCCAGUUAUGGCAGGGUUUAUAUCUAAAGUCACAGUCUCGCCACAAAAUCAAGACUUGCAACCUCCAAGUGAAGUAGAAUCUAUAGCUGAAGUCGCAAGUCUUGAGAAAAAUGAAGAUAUGCGAUCUUCACCUAUGGCUUCAUCAGUGGACCGGGCCUUAAGUCUGCCCCAGAAUGAAGACUUACAGUCCCAAAGUGUGGCGCACUGUACUUCUGAUGUCACAAUUGCUACACAAAAUGAAGGUAUGCAACCCCCAAGUGAGGCAGGGCCUACAACUGAAGUCACAAAACUUGCCCAGAAUGAAAAUCUACAGUACCAAAGUGAGGCAGGGUUUACAGCUGAAGUCUCAGUCCCCACUCAGAAUGAAGACUCCCAGUAUCUAAGCAGGUUGGGGCCUACAGUGGAAAUCACAAGCCCUGCUCUGAAUGAUGAGCUGCAAGGUAAAAGCGAGACAGAAUCUAAAGCUAGAUUUGAAAGCACUGUGUAUAAUACAAACCUGCAAUCUCCAAGGCAAGCUGUCUAUACAGCUGAUGUCACAAGCUCUUUAUGUAAUACAGACUUGCAAACCUCAAGUGUAGCUGCGUCUGUAGGUAAAAAAACAAACCUUGAGAAUAACAAAGACCUGCAGUCCCCAAGUGAGGCAGAGGCUACAACUGAAUUCACAAGUCCUGCUCACAAUGAAAAUGUGUAUUUCACAGGUAAGGCUGGGUCUGUAGCUGACGUCACGAGUGUGUUACAGACUGAAGACCUGCAGUCUUUAAGCGAGGCAAUAGCAAGGGAUGUGAACAGGAAUGUCCUUACCAUUAUGAAAUCAGAGGGAGGCGAUCAUGCUGAAACCCCUCCUAAAGUUGGACAUGAAAAUAAAAAGCAUGAAGCCGGUGCUGAAGUAAAUGUAGCAUUAUCUGUAAUGGACCUUGGCAGUUGUGGGGUUACAGAUACAAGACCAGAAACAACAUUUUCUAUGGGUGAUGAGUGACGAAUAUUCUGAAUAGCACUUUACAUCCUCGAGCCUGUACUGAUACCUGAUGUACUGCUAGAAGAGGCACGUACUAGCUUUAACUACAUUGUUUUAUGAGGAAGGACUGAAAUCGGAUCACCUAAGCAUUUUUAGUUCAAAGGUGUGGAAUGUUUUGUGUCAAAAGAAUUGCACUGGGUUUGUUGUAUGACUGAGUUGUGUACAUUCUGAGUUUGUGACAGAAUCACUGACCAUCCACACAUUAAUAGAAUUAACCGGAAGCAAAACGGACUCACAGUAUAGGUGAGGGGUCAGGUGAGAUCAGUGAGAAGUGUAAACAGAAAUUAAGACACAUGCAGUCGCUAUUAUAUAGUAAGUAAAUCAUUUGGGAAAUCUCCAAAAAUGGUUGUGAAUAUUUCACUAAAUUUGACUCUAAUGUUCUAUAAUACAGUAUUUGUUCUUAUGCAGAAUAACUUGUUUCUAAGAAAUGGUGAUAGCCAAAGAAACAAGGUGAAUAAACUAAAUUAAAAAAAAUAGCAGGAGUAAAAUACAUGGCACAAUGGUGAAUGCUAUGUGGUAUGAGCCUUUUAUUUGCAAUAAUUACUUUAGAAAUAUUGUAACAAGUUUGAAGCAGUUAUACAAGCUACAAGUAUAAUGUUGAGUUUAAUAGUAGCUCUGCAAAUAAGUGUUCUGUAAAUAAAAUAUGUAUAGUUAUACCAAA